AUGUCUCCGUAUGACGACUGGAACCGCAUCGAGGAAGAGGAAGAAGAGGAGCUGCAAGAUACCUCAUGGCUCGAGGGCAAGCGGGACGUCAUCCUCUUUUGCAUAGACUGCUCGGAGAGCAUGCUUGAGCUGUACGAGGACCCGGAGUACGAGGACGCGCAGACGUGCCACUUGUUCACGGCAUUGGACGCGGCGAUGCAGAUACAGAAGAAGAAGAUCAUUGUGGGGCCGAAUGAUCAGGUUGGGAUUAUGUUGUUCAAUACGACGAGGCGCGGUGCGAAAGGACAGCAAGGAUCCGACAUCAAGAAAGGGACAUAUUUGUACCAGCCUAUCGGCCCUCUGAGCGCGCCAAGUAUACAGGAGCUCAUACAAUUGCUGAAUGCGUUCCGCGAGGACAAUAACACCCUACGAGAGGAGUUUCCGCCCGUCGAGGACAAAUACGUGGCUAUGGGUGACGUCUUCACCAGCGCGAACUGGAUAUUGCGAGAUGGCGCACCGAAGACCGCCACCAAGCGCGUUUUCCUAAUUACGAACCAAGACAACCCGCACCCUGGGCAUGGCAACAGACAGCUGCUAACUAGUGCACGGACAACACUUGUGGACCUCGCACAAUCAGGCGUUGCCGUCGAGCCGUUCUUCAUCAGCACGGAGGACAAGCCGUUCGACGUGUCUAAGUUCUAUCGGGCCGUCCUCCUCCCCAACAACCUCGUCGACGACGACGAGGACCACGACCCCUCAAACCCGUCAGUCCUCAACGAGGCGAUCAGCAUAUCUCGGAUAGAGGACCUGCUCGCGCAGAUGCGGUUCCACGAGGUGCCGAAGAGGGCGCAGUUCAGGCGAGCAAAUAUACCUCUAGAGCUCGGUCAGGACUUCGUCAUUGGUGUCAAGGGCUACGGCCUUGUCACUGAGCAAAAGAAGGGCGCGUACCGCUACUUUGCUGAAACAGAAAAUGGGAUCAAGGUCGCGGAGAGUCGGACGUUAUAUGUCAAUCAGCACACUGACAGAGAGAUCGACAAGACCAAGAUCCUCUUCGGUAUGGACCUGGGCGGCGACAAGGAAGCCGCGGCAGGGAAGACGAGCUCGAACUUUGACCCCAGUGUCAUGCGGCUGGUGAAAGCGGGCGAGAGACCCUUCUACACCGCCGAAGAGGUCAAGAAGUUCCGGACGCUUGGCCUGGAGCCAGGCAUAAAGCUCCUAGGUUUCAAGGACGCGGACACGCUUGCGUUCGAGGAUAACAUCAAGCACUCGCAUUUUAUUUAUCCGGAUGAGCUUGCCUACUCCGGCAGCAAGCGCACCUUCAGCGCCCUGCUCAGAUCGCUCGUCAAGAAGAACAAGAUCGGCCUCGUCCGCGUCCUUACGCGCCGCAAUGCAACGCCGACGUUCUGCGCCAUGGUGCCGCAGAUGGAGCAGACGGACGACGCGGGGUGGACGGAGCCGGCGGGCUUCCAUCUCAUCCCCUUGCCGUUUGCGGAUGAUAUAAGGCAGGCGACGGUGGAGAAGGGGUAUCGAGCUGGAAGGCCGUUGAUGGAGGCCGCUAUGCCCUUCAUACACAAGAUUACCAUCAAGAAGGGCGGCUAUCCGCCGGACAGCUAUCCUAAUCCAGCACUGGCGUACCACAACGAACAACUUCAAGCCAGUGCUUUCCGCGAAGAGUAUGACCCCAGCGAGUUUGAGGACCAGACCUUGCCUGCGUACGAUUCUAUGCACAAGAAAAUCGGCUCCUUGAUAAAGACCUGGAAGGAAGCCCUUGUCAUGGAUGACAGCGCGGACGUCGUCGAAGCGCCGGUGGCAAAGGCGGGGACCAAGCGGAAAGCGGACACCAGCGUCGAUGAAGCCGAGAUCCGCGCCAAGUACGACAAUGAUACGAUGAGCAAGCUUCGCGUCGACCAACUCAAGGAAUUCCUGAAGAGCAAGAGUCUGCCAGUCUCGGGCAAGAAGGCAGACCUGAUUGACCGCGUGUCCGAGUACUUCGACAAGAAAGGUUGA